UCCGGAAAUGCGCGUUGCCAGUCAGCUGACAGAUGUUUGCCACUCGGGUUUACGUGCUGUUCCCAGAUUUUCCAACCACCUGAGGGGGCAAAGAUAAAGUGAUUUCGCGGCGCGUUUUAUCUUUCGCUAGCACAAUGAGUGCCGGCACCCCGAAAUGUCUGCCCUCGUCGGGCCAGAAAUCUAUCCAGGACAUCUGCCACCCGCUAUCAGCCGAGGAGUCCGUCCUCACACCCAGCCCAGAUGCAGCCAACACCAGCAGCAGCCUCGGCCACAAGGACUUGAGUCUCCCCAAUGGCAAUGCAGUGGACACGUCCAGCCCGGCCUCUUCGUCCUCUCUGCUAAAUCGCCUGCAACUGGAUGACGACCUGGAUGGAGAGAUGCGGGAUCUCUUCGUGACUGUGGACGAUCCGAAGAAACACGUGUCUGCCAUGGAGACGUACAUCACAUACAGAGUGUCUACUAAGACUACCAGAACAGAGUUUGACCUCCCUGAAUAUUCAGUGCGGCGACGCUACCAGGACUUUGACUGGCUGAGGAACAAGCUAGAGGACAGCCAGCCAACCCACCUUAUUCCACCUCUACCUGAGAAAUUUGUGAUGAAAGGAGUGGUGGAUCGUUUUUCAGAGGAAUUUGUCGAGACUAGAAGAAAAGCUCUAGAUAAGUUCCUGAAACGGGUCGCUGAUCACCCUGUCCUUUCCUUCAACGAGCACUUCAAUGUUUUCCUGUCUGCCAAGGAUUUGAAUAAAAGGCAAGGGCUGGCUCUGCUGUCCAAGAUGGGUGAGUCUGUGAAGUAUGUGACGGGUGGCUACAAGCUGAGAGCACGGCCGAUGGAGUUUGCCACAAUGGGCGACUAUCUGGACCUGUUCACGCAGAAGCUGGGCACCAUUGACAGGAUAGCACAGAGGAUCAUCAAAGAGCAGUCAGAGUACUUGGUGGAGCUGAGAGAGUACGGGCCGCUCUAUUCCUCAUGGGCCUCCUCCGAGCAGGAGCUCCAGGAGCCGCUGGACGGCGUGGCAGGCUGCGUGGCUAACUGCUGCAGCGCUCUGGAGGAACUCACAGAGGACAUGAGUGAUGACUUCCUGCCUGUCCUGCGAGAAUACGUCCUCUACAUUGAGUCCAUGAAGAAUGUUUUAAAGAAGAGGGACCAAGUCCAGGCUGAGUAUGAGGCGAAACUGGAGGCUGUAGCAUUCCGUGAGGAAAAGAGGACAACAGUACCCACAGACGUGGAGAAGUGCCAGGACCGGGUGGAGUGCUUCAACGCCGACCUGAAGGCUGACUGGGAGCGCUGGCAGAACAACAAGCGGCAGGAUUUCAGACAGCUGCUGACCGGCAUGGCGGACAAAAACAUCCAGUACUAUGAAAAGUGCCUUGCAGCAUGGGAGUCCCUCAUUCCACUCUUACAGGACAAACAGGAAGCCAAAGCAGAGACGAACUGAGUGUGUGUAUGUAUCCCCUGCUCUCAGGGUCAUGACCUCCUGAGAUCAGUGUGAGAUCAUGGUGGCGUGUCCUCGUGUGUUUUAGCCACUGGGGACCCAACAGUUCUGGGGAGCAAGAGGAUGGGCUACACAAAGACCGUAUUAUAUUUUGUUGCAUUCGGAUUUGUAAAGUGUGUGUUUUUUUUUAAUUAUUUUUUUUUUUUAUUUAUGAGAUCCCAUCUGAGCACCUCCUCCUUCCCUCUGGUCUGGAAGAACAUGUAAUUUUGUGUUCCACUGAAGCACAGCAAGACAAACCACAGAAUGACCUGGAAUUAUCCUCUGAACUACUGUGGACAAAAAAAGAGAAGUACAGCAAGCGACACUUGCCAUUUGCCAAUGAUUUUCUUUUUCUAUAAAUUCCGCUUGCCCUCAGCAUGGUUCCCUUUUAUCGCUGCCUCAUUGUCGUCGUUGUCCUGCGCGUUGUGACCAUGAAGCAACAGGCCAAGGAUCGUCCACAUUCCUCUCACCAAAGUUUGAUGUGUUUUUGUUUGUUUCUUUCUUUGUGUUAUUUCAGGAACACUAUGGAUCUGAUGCUGGGAAAUGGCAUGAGAUCAUGUCCACUUUAUUAUAUUUGUGAUUUAUGUUUUGGUUCAUGACUCUGAAUGAAGGUUGUCUUCUCAGCCCUACAUGACCUCAUUAAAUAUUUAUGUUCAAAUGCUUUUCAUAAUCACUCCAGGUUGUUGGGCCCAGCUUCACACAGGUUGUUGUGUUUAAAUUAAAGGUAGCUUUCAAAUGAAAGCUGCUAUGAAUAUGAACUGCAUUCAGACCACUCGGGGAGUAAUUUCUUUUCACAGCAAUGUCAUUUUUCAGCAGGACAUGAAACAGUAGAUCUUAGAAUUUUUUUUUGUUUGUUCAUAAUCUACUCAUUUAGGCAGUAUUAAUAUUAAUAAGUACUAAUUAGGAUUUGCUCUGGCAUUUAAACAUGUUGUGUUAAUAUACUUUUCUAAGCAGGUGUUUGAGAUCUAGGAGUUAUUGUUUAGAAGCCUGGGACUUUAAGAUAAUUUGGUGUUUUGUUAUUGUAGAUAAAGCUGUUUUGGAGAAAGAGACAGAAAAGAGAACUUGAUAAUUCUUCCCCAUAGGGAUGGUGUUCAUAGGGCUACGUGACAUCUACAUAAGCAAUUCAAGACAACAAGUAUAAACCUGCAUAAAAAUAUAUAAAGCACAUUUCCACAGGAGUAAGUUGCUUUGAAUAUUUUGGUCACUUGUUAUGUCAAGUUGACAUAACACCUAAGUUAUUUAAUAUGUUUGUUGAUUUAAAGGUACAUAAGCACUUCAAGAUUGUUGGUAUAACCCUAAACUUUAUAAAGGCUUAUUAAAACAGGUGUAAAUUGCCAUAAGGGCUUAGUUCAAUUAUUAUGUCAUAACCCCUAAGUCAUGUGAUACUUUCCAUACUGACUUAUAUGACUCUAACAUGCCAAAAGUUCACUGAGUUACUGUCAUCUGUCACGCUGUUCUAACACUUCAUAGAUCAACCAUAUGUCAGUUGGGACAUCAGAAUGAACAAAAAAGUCUUCACGACACUUUCUGAGCAGACAUAUGUGAUUUUGAGAUACCAGAAGUUCUCCGAAGCACAUAGUCAUCUAUCAUGGUGUUCUAAUGCACGUCACAACACAACCUUAUGUCAAUUGGACAAACGGACAAAGCAGACUUUAUAAAAGUUGCUGCAUAUUGGAUUAAGCACUUAUAAAUUUUGCCCUAUGUUUAUGUCAGGUCAUAAGACAACCUUAUGUCAACUGGACAUCAAAAUGGACAGAGACAGGUUUUUUGACAGCUGUUACAUAUUUGAUUAAGCCUUUAUAAAUCUUUAUAUUGCUUUAGGUCAGUUGCCAUGAUGUAUUUAUAUACACUUGUCAUGUAGCCUUAUAAACACAAGUAAAGCGUCACUGAAAAAUUACACCUGCACUCCAUUUAAGCCCACCGUUUGUAAUGUUGGAGAACAGGACUUUCUCAGUGUCAGUCUAUGGAAACAUUUGCCAUCACUAAAUACACACAGAUUCAUUGUUUAAAGUUUGAAUUAUUCUCCAGCUAGAAAGUUUAUACAUACUACACUUCACUGUUACAAACAGUCUAACGACAGUCUCAACAUGGUGUAUGAAGGGUGACAGUGUACAGUGUUUCUGCGCACCCUGCUACACACCACUGAGCCUCUGAUAAGCUGCAUGUGUUAUUCACAGUUUAAACUACAGGCCGUGCCAGUCAUGUCCCAGUACUCCACUGGGUCUGUGUUUGUCUCUCUUGUAGCUGUAUGCAGCUGUUAACAGGCCUGCUGUUGUCCAAAACUAAAGAGGCUUUGCUGUUGUUAUAGAUUCUUACGGAUCCUUAUUCUAUUGUGUGUAUUUUUAAGGGAAAGCGAAUUCUCUCUUUUCAGAUCUGCAAUUGAGAUUAUAACGUGCAAUGGAGAAGAAUUAGACUGCUGUAAUGUUAACUAAAAAAUUCUCUGAUGUAUUUGUCUUAAGAAAUUGCACUCAUCUCAUUGGAAAGUGCUUUAUAGACCUUAUAUCCUGUCUGUUUUUUCUUUUUUUUCAUUCAGAGGAGUGCUUAUGUUAAUAUUAUUCCAGAUUUGCAGUGUCACAGGUAGGAUGUAGGUUAAGCAUUAAUAAUGUGGCGAGAUUUGCCUAAAGUUAAUAACCGCUGUAUGAUGGCUGGAAACUUGCGUCUUUGGCACCAUCUGCUGGAUGAUAAUACUGUUGUUUACCACUUUACUAUAUGGACACCUCUUUAAGGAAAACUCCACCCUGAAACACAUUGAAUAUGUUUGUAUUGAAAUAUUUGUGAUAUGCAUACCAAUUCUGGCUCUAAUUUGCUAGUUGAUGCUGUAGUUGUGUGAAAAGUUAGUGGUCUUGUGCUUCUCUGACGUCACAUGGAGACAUUGCUAGUGCAGUUACAAUGGUGCAAAAAAUUUCAACCAUCUCAAACACAAGCGAUAAUGGCCAGGUUUUGCUGUUUUAGCUCCUACAAACAAAAGUGAAAGAGCUUUUUAGCUCACUCGCUUUAAGUGGUGUGGAGACCACAAAUGUUGGUUUCGAAGUUCCAGAAUGCAAUGCGGCUAUAUGAAGCAGUUGUGCUGAAUUAUGCCUCAGCUAGUUAGCAAUCUACAAGAUGACAAGCGUGUUGGUGUUAUGUGUGGUGGUAUUAGAAUAAAAGCUGAAGCUUUGGAAGUUGAUCUGUUUGAGCAGAAUGUACAGACGAGGAGGUGAGAGAGCUAAACAGACUAAAGAACUAAAGUGCCACUACUUCGCUGUCGUUAAGUAGAGAUGAAACAAGGGCUAAAUCCCACUGGCACCACUAUCAGCAGGUAGACAAACUGCAUUGUGGGUAAAGUAGGAAACUGUUAAAUAAAGUGAACAUAGACCAACAUGUUGAUGAAUGAUUAAUCUAAAAAAAGGCAACUCAGAAUUUCAUAAAAAAAAUAAAUCCUGGACGCUGCUGAGGAUCAUAAGUUAAUUAUAACGAUUCGUAUGCAAGCUGUUCAAGGUGGAAUUUUCCUUUAAGCUCAUAAAGUCGAAGAAUGGUUUGAUUAGUGGAUUUGAAAUCACUGUUAUACAUGAAAAUAACUGAGACACAGACUGUGUGUGCAUGUUUUUCUAGUGCAAUACAAAAGAUACUCCACGUUUUAAUUUCCACUCGUAACCAAAUCUUUCUGCUUUCUUUUAAUCUCUCUAAAGGUUCUGUGAAGCAUCUGUGUGAUAAUUAAGGCAGCUACACUACACCGAGUUGUGUGUGACUUUGUGAAAAAGUAAUUUAUUUGGUGAUUAAUACACUAGGCCUAUGUAAAUCAACCCACUGAAUUUAUCUUUUAUCACUAUGGAUGGGGCAAAUUAGAAAUUCAUCAGUUUUCAUGAGCAACAAGCUUUCAUAAGCUUUCUUUUUUUUUUUAUUUUAUAAACUCUUUUUCUUGCUUGAGUCAGAAGGCAAUGUGUACUAAUAAGCAGCCGCUGAGGUGUGUUUGAUUGUAAAUAGCGUUGUCAGUCUGAAUUGACUUUUUUUUGUAAUGUUGAAAUGAAACUGCUUUGUAAAACUGGCUUCUGUUUAAGAGACUCAGAAAGUCAAUGUGAGGCUGAGGGGGAGAAGUUAAAUAUGGCAGUGAAUAUUUUGUAAUAUUAAUAUAAUUUAUAGACCAAAAAGGUUUUUAGUCCUCAGUUCUCCAAUAAUUUUCCUUUGUGUGACUUGUUUACUGUAACAUUAAUGUAACUGUCAAUGUUUCAAUUGCAGGAAAAUGACAUUGAUGUUUUGAAGCUAUAUCUUUAACGAACAUAUUUUAAAUAUUGGACCAAUUAAAAAGGAUUGUGUUAAUGCUU